AUGGGAAAGCCCAAGGACAACAUUUGGCAACAAUGGACUGAUUGUGGUGACAAUAAAGUAGAAUGUCGAAAUUGCAAAAAACAUAAAAUUGAAAAACAUGCAACAAGGUGCAGAUUACACACUUCUUUGUGCUCUUCCACACCAAAGAGAAUCCGAGAAAUUUUUACCGAAAAAGUCAAAUCAUUGCAGCAGCUUCGGAAACAAAAACCAAGUGGAUGGACAGGCAGGAUCAUGGAAGAAGGGGAUGUCGCAAUCGUUGAAGAUCAUAGCAGGGAUUUUGAUGUGGAGGAAAUCAAUCAGGCGGGGGUUGCGGUAAGCUCAACCUCGGUUGCAGUAUUCCCAACCCCUUCGCCAUCAGGGGGAACGUCAUCUUCGGCGAUAAAUUCGGUUUUAACUGGAAGAAUUAAUAGAAUUUCGAGUUCAAAAAUGAAGGAGUUACAACUUCUUUGGGCCAAGGCUAUAAUUAGCGGGAACGUUGCUUUUGAAUGGACCCAAAACCCAUUUCUUCAAAACUUUUUUGCCAAUCUGGGAUCUGGUUUUCUUCUGCCAUCGCGGAAAGAAAUAAGCGGAUCUAUUCUUAAAAUAUUGGAUGUGGAAAGCAAGGAGAAAAGGAAAAUUUGCAUUGAUAACCAAAAGUGCUUCAGUUUGGUCCCCGACGGAUGGACAAAUAUUUGUGGUCUUUCAGUGAUUAAUAUAAUGCUGGUUAAUCCGAUUAAAUGCAUCCUUUGGGAUAGCUUUCAGACAGGGGAGGAGAAGGAAACCGGAAUCUACAUACAGGGAAAUUUGGAAAAAGCAAUUAAUAAAAUUGAAGAGACCUACGGACGCCACAAGAUAGUUGCCGUUGUUAGUGAUCAAGGAUCCAACUUCUUAUUUGCGCGAAACGCAAUCGCUCGCACAUCCAGCAUACUCUCUAUCAAUUGCGCAGCACAUAUGCUAAAUUUACUUGCUAGUGAUGUUGGGAAUGAAGGAGUGAUGAUCAAAUCAUCAAAGCGUAGACUUGGUGAAUACAACGCCGAAUUCGAAAGAUAUAUUUCGGAAGAAAAGGACAAAGGAAACAACCCUUCUUCGUUGGUGUCAUUAAGUAUUCCGUCCCCAACCCGGUGGUUUGGAAUUCGAGAUAUGCUAUAUAAAUUGGAUCGAGCAAAGCCGGUGUUAAUGAGAUUGUCGAUCAAAGAUGACACUGAUAUUAGUUUCGGAACUAAGAAGACGCUACGUGAUGAAGCGUUUUGGAGCAAACUCUUAAGUGUUCGCCCUUUGUUUUUGGCAAUAACAGAUGCUAUCGCAAUAGUGGAAUCAAAUGCAAGUUGUAUUUCUGACGUGGUGGAGGAAUUUGAGAAACUGCGACAAAUUUUUCAGCCUGCUGGACAUAAUCACAAUAUGCUUAAAGAGGCUGUGAACCUAUCCGAAAUUAGAAUUUGUAUAAAAUCUUUCGAGAAACGAAGCACUGACGAUAGGAUAACCUCGAUUCACUAUCUGGCAAACCUUUUGGAUCCACGCUACCGCGGCAGGACAUUUAAGGAUGAUGAGCAUCGUUUGGUGCUUACACUGGAAGAGUUACAGACAUAUGCCGAGUCGCUAGGAGUUAUUCCAACCGAGAGUUUAAAAGAAGAGCUAGGAAAUCAAAUAACAAAUUUUCGGAUGAAGGAAGGACUAUUUAACUCAACAAUGUUGAGCCAUCGGUUGCCAUUCAAAUAUUGGGACAACAUGCGUCAAUUUCAGUCAACAUCGUUAUUGGCAGGUAUCGCUGUUCGACUAUUGUCGAUUCCAGCUUCGAGUGCAGCGGUCGAAAGAAGCUUCUCAAGGCAAGGAAAUGUUCACACGAAAACUAGAAAUAUAUUGACCCACGAAAAUGUGAACAGAUUAAUGUGCAUAAAAUGGAACUUGAACGAUGAUUUAGAAUUAGGACGGGACAGUAGUAAAUUAGAAUCAGAGUUAGUUGAAUGUGUUGACGAUAAUGAGUGCGACCAGGAUAUUGACGAAUUGAUUUAUUUGGACACCCCAUUUAAUGAUGAUGAAUUGUUGGCAAAAUAA